AUGGCUGCACCUAUGACAUUUCUCAUUUACGCGGUAUUUUUUUCAUUAUUGUUGAGUGUGGUUUGCGAGAGCCCUGAGGAGACAAAAAGAAAAAGGGCGCUGUUGAUCAAAAAACACCUGAAAAGGUUGAAAAAACAGGAAGGCGGGAUUAAAUUGGUGGGAGGGAGAGGUGAAAAUGAAGGAAAUGUGUUGAUUCUCCAUGACGGAACCUGGGGCCCGAUUUGUGAUGAUGAAUGGGACGUCACUGAAGCGAGAAUAAUCUGCAAACAACUCGGCUAUCCGGAAAAGAGUGCCCAGCCGACAGUCAAUUCAUAUUUUGGACCUGCUAGAAGGAAAUUUUGGAUGGACAAUAUCUACUGUGAGGGAUCUGAGUCGGAAAUUUCAGAGUGUCGUUUUGAUGGAUGGGGACAGAAUGACUGCACCUCAACUGAAGCUGCUGGUGUCAUCUGCAGUGAGCCAGAAGAAACGAAAAAAGAGAGUUUCAAAACUGUGGAAACAACUAUGAAGUCCAUGGUUCAGUUACCAAGAAAUAUGAGAGUACGACUAUCAAAUGGUAGAAUAAAAACGGAAGGAAGGGUGGAAAUAAAAACUGAAGAUGGUGAAUGGCAGCCGAUAUGUGGUGAUGGGUGGUCUCUUUUUGAAGCUUUAGUCGUCUGCAAAACUCUCAACUUAGGAUAUGCCAGUGAUGCAAUGCAAACAGACUUCUUCGGUGGAAAUCUGACAGCAAACAGCCCAGCAGGCAUUAAAUGCAUUGGCAAUGAACUCACUCUAUCACAAUGCCAACACGACAAAAGUUCUACAGGGAGGUGUCCCAGCAAGGAUAUGGCUGCUGUCUCCUGCACCAACUCAAUCGCCGACCUGAUCAUCGACCACGUGGAGCUGAUGCGGACCGCCCACCUGCAGGACCAGCCCAUGUUCUUCCUGCAAUGCGCCAUGGAGGAGAACUGCGUCGCCUCCACUGCUUAUGAAGUGCAGAAGGACAAUCCCGCGUGGCACCUGGAAACCCGAAGGCUGUUGCGCUUCACCGCCAAGAUCUUCAACGCGGGCACGGCCGACUUCCGGCCGGCCGUGCCGAAGCACCUUUGGGAGUGGCACAUGUGCCAUAUGCACUACCACAGCAUGGAAGUAUUCGCCACGUUCAACAUCUACAACAGCACCGGCCAAAGGGUAGCGGAGGGCCACAAAGCCUCCUUCUGUCUGGAAGACAACCAGUGCAUGCCGGGAGUGAAACCGGUAUUCGCCUGCGCCAAUUACGGCGACCAAGGCAUUUCAGUCAAUUGUUCGGACAUAUACAAGUACACCGUCGACUGCCAGUGGGUGGACAUCUCCGAUUUGGACCCUGGUAAAUACACGAUGAAAGUUGCCGUCAAUCCCGAAUUCAAAGUACCGGAAAUGAGUUUUGAGAAUAACGCGGCCGUUUGCGAUUUUUACUAUUCAGAGACGUAUGCGACGGUCACUAAUUGUGUCGUUCAACGACCAUAA